AUGUUGGGAUUUAAGAUCUCCAUGGGAUCCUUUCCGCACCAUGGAUAUCUUUUGUGGAUGACUAGAAAGGGUGUGAGAAGACCAAAAAAACACAAGACUAAAAGUCACUUUGUUAAGCAGCGAGUGGAGGUCAUCACUAAUGGAGACCUGUCAAUCAUCAACAGAGAGCUUGCUGUGCAGUUAGCUAAACUCUCCAAUGUGGAAGUUAGUGUCUUUCUUCUGCAAUGCAGUGAAGAAGACAGGAACAAUGCAGCAAGUCAUGAUGUUCAGCUGGUUGUUCCUGAAAUGCUGCCUGGUAUGAAUCCAGUUGACUGUCUGAUGUUUGUCCCAGAUGGACAUGUCAUGGAUUGUGUAGUGGGACAUGGAGUAACUCUUGGCAGACAAGUGCCGGUCAUUAGAAAACAUCACCAAUACAAAUGGAUUCAAGUUGUUCACACUGCCCCAGAAGAUUUUGGAAUGUACAAAAGCAUUUCACAAGGUGAACAACUGCAAAAAACAGAAGUAGCAUUGUGUGAGAAGGCUGAUCAAGUUGUAGCAAUUGGACCCAAGCUGGCAGACGCUUACAAACGUUACCUUGUUUGCAGUAAAAAAGACCAUAAUGUUUUAGAUCUGACUCCAGGCAUAUUCUCUGAAUUUUUGGAUGUGGAGCAAGCCAUUGAAGAAAGAAGAACUUUCAGUGUUCUAAUCAUUGGAAGUGGCGACAGCUGGGAAGAUUUCAUCUUGAAAGGUUAUGAUCUUGCAGCUCGGGCAAUUGCUGAGUUGGAAGAUGAAAUCUAUCAACUCAAGUUUGUUGGUGCACCAAGAGGGAAAAGAGAUGAAAUAGCAGAGAUACUUCUUCGUCGUGGCAUUCAUCAUAGUCAGCUAACUGUUUGCAGCUUCAAUGACAGGAGAGAAGUAUUAGCCAACUUAUUCUGUGAGGUAGAUCUUGCCAUAAUGCCAUCAAGGACUGAAGAAUUUGGAGUCAAUGCUCUGGAAGCCUUAUCUGCGGGUUUACCUGUACUUGUCAGUGGUAAUUCAGGAUUUGGAGAAGCUCUGAAGGAGGUACCUUUUGGAUCAGAGUGUGUAAUUGACUCUGAAGAUCCUAAAGACUGGGCCAGAAAAAUCAAGGCUGUGCGACAGAAAAAGAGGAGUAACUGA